GUUUUAGUAGAAGUCUUGAAACUAAUAAACAUUUCUCCAUAUCCAAAAGUAUUUAUUAAAACCAGAAUUGAUUAAAUAUAUUAAGAAAAGGUAGCUUAGGUUAGAAGAGAGUAAUAAAUCAUCUAAAUCCAAAGUUUUUUCAGUUGCUUUCCAAAGAACUGAUGAGGCUCUGGUAUUGUGGUCAGCUGUGGCUUAACACGCAUAUUUAUACUUUUACAUUGGAGUGAUUUUUAGACAGGAAGUUUUCAGCUCUGUAAUUAGCAAUCCACAAUGGAAGCUUUGAAACUUAAUUACAGCAUUGUUAAGACAAUAAUAAUAUGAGAAAUACCAAAUUGAAUGCAGUAUUUCUUGACAUACUUCUGGCUACCUUCUUAUUGGCUGGGAACAAUUAUAUAUGACUAGUAAAUAAUCCAUACAGAAAUGAAUGUGUGUGGGCAAAGGCAACAUGCAUUUACAACAGGCACUUCUAGUUAGGCCAAGUUCAGUCCCUGCUGCUGAUUUGGACUAAAAACGUUAUGGGCAGUGACAGCGGAGAAUGUUGUGAGAGACUGCUGUAGACUCACAGAGGCCUCCACGUUCUGGAUUUUGAGCAGCUUCUGCUGUUCCAGAUUGGAUCAGUCUUCAAAGAGAAGGUGAUGGCAUUUUAUCCUCUGCAAACUGCUGGGCUGGUUCUUGGGUUUUUCGGCAUGGUUGGGACUCUUGCCACCACCCUUCUGCCCCAGUGGAGAGUAUCAGCUUUUAUCGGCAGCAACAUUAUUGUCUUUGAAAGGCUCUGGGAAGGGCUCUGGAUGAACUGCAUCCGACAAGGCAAGGCAAGGUUGCAGUGCAAGUUCUAUGGUUCUUUGCUGGCUCUCCCACCUGUUCUAGAAACAGCCCGGGCCCUCAUGUGUGUGGCUGUCGCCCUCUCCCUGAUUGCUCUGCUUAUUGGCGUCUGUGGCAUGAAGCAGAUCCAGUGCACAGGCUCCAAUGAGAGGGCCAAAGCGUACCUGCUGGGGACUUCUGGAGUCCUCUUCAUCCUGACGGGCGUCUUUGUUCUGAUUCCUGUGUCCUGGACAGCCAACAUCAUUAUCAGGGAUUUCUACAACCCAAACAUCCACGUAGGGCAGAAACGAGAGCUGGGAGCAGCACUUUUCCUCGGCUGGGUGAGCACUGCUGUCCUCUUCAUUGGAGGGGGUCUGCUCUGUGGAUUCUGCUUUUGCAACAGAAAGAAGCAAAGGCAUGGAUAUCCAGCCCCUGGACACUGUGUGCCACACACACAUAAGCAAAGGAAUAUGACAAUGCUUAGCAAGACCUCCACCAGCUAUGUCUAAUACUGGCUUGUAGCUCAAACUCUGGGUUAUGAUCAGUGUGCUUUAUAGAGUCCUGCCAGAGACUGUAAGUACGUCAAGCAUGAGAACUUGCUUUAUGACUGCAUUUAAACUGAGAUGGAAAGUAUAAAGAGCAUAUAGGUUACAGUUUGGCACCUGUGGUAGAAAUAGAACUGACUUAACUUUGGACAUUCUGACCCCAUGUGUAUUACAUGCAUGCAUUAUUUUUGAACACAUAGAAUCCCAGUUCUCAUUUGUGUAGUUUAAAUCAAGAAUAUCCACAGUUCUUCGUAUAAUGCCAGACUACUCUUUUUUGACAAUCUAUACUAUUUACUAAGAAAUCCAAAUUGCAAUUGCUAAUCCAUACCAAUAAAACAUAUCUUAAAUAUAACCUAUUUUUCUUCCACAUUAUUUCUUAUACUAACAUAGUAACCAUUAAAAUAGUGACUUUUUCUUUUUUAAACAAUUAACUUGAAAAAUAAUAGAUAUCAAAUAAUGGAUUUUUAAUGGAAUUUAUCAAAAUAUAGAAAUGUCUAUCCAGCCAAAAGGUUUCUUAUUCCUUUAGGGAACUCAAAAGUACUAGCAAUUAAAACACCUUUAGGGAAAAAGGAGGUCUGAUUUCUCUUAGAACAUGUAAAAAGAUGUCUUUAAAACUUCUAAUGUAUAUGGUUAAAUUUGUUUAGAAGUACAUAUUCAAAUGAAAAUAAUUUAUAAAUAAAAGUAAUGUUUUUAUAACCUGUGAUUCACACCCACAAGUGAACAGCAGUAUCUAUCUUGAUAAGGUACAUCAAUAAAAGACUAUGAAUACUCAACUCUCAUCAAGAGGAAAUACAGUCCCAAUUAGGGAAUUGAGGCUUGGGUGUUGAAGGGAAUGGUUUCUGUUCCUUGUUUUAUUCUUUAGUCAUCGUACAGGUCUACACAUGCAAAGUAAAGUGAAGAAUUAAGGUAAUGAUUCAGGCAAUUAGUCAGGCUAAAAUAAGUACCUCCUUUUUAUUCUCUAAUAAAUAAAUAGGUACAGCUAAGCCAUUUUGUUUUGCUUGAAUUACAUGCAUUAUUUUCUCGUGUCUUCACUUCCCAUGUAUUAAUGUACUAUAUUAAGAUGACAACAUCAGGGUUAAAAGUGUGUGUAGUUUGGGGUGGGCAAGGAUAGACAAGUGUUUGUGGGCAAGACCAUCUCUAUGGGUUGCUUCUGAAUAUCUCCAGUAUUUGCAAGCCAACCAAUGUUUAUAUAUUCAAUUCUAAUUUCAAAUAUUCUGUUUAUUUUAUAAUAAAAUGUACUUAACUUACAGCAUGUAAUUGCAAUGAACAGAUUAAAUCUGUCACCAUCUAUUUAUUGUAUGUCCAUCCCUAUUACAAUAAAAUCAUAAAAUAAGAGU